AAAAUCAAAUACCCAUAUCGGCUGAUUUUGAUAAGGAAAUCCAAUCUCCCAUACUACGCGAAAUACUUCAAAUAUAUAUUAAGUUAGCGCUUUAUGAUCCAAUAGAAAAGUCUCUUGAAUUUACUACAUCUAAAUAUUAUGAAUUGAAAAGUGAUGUUUAUAUCCGUAAACUGAAUGUGUAUGAAUAUUUGCAAUACGUUAAAGAACGUGUUAACUUUGAAAGAGACCAUAUUUCUGCAUACUUACAUCCAAGAACAAAGGAUUCUUUAAUGAAGCAUGUGGAGUCAAAAUUAAUCAAACGUCACGCCAAAUUGAUUUGGGAAAAAAACUUUGAAUUGGAGAGGCGUGUGGCUACUAGAUUAUUAAAUGCAAUGGAACCAGAGUUUUCUAACAAUUUAGAUGUAAUGUUGAAUGAUAUAAUAAUUUCAAAGCAGAUUAGUGAAACCCAUGACAAUUGCACUAGUAAUGCACCGUUACUGCAUGUUAACGUUUUGACGCAAGAUAGUUGGCCAAAAUACUUAACUAGCUCAACCUUAAACGUGAAAUUGGCACCAAAUCUAGAACAAGCAAAAACAGCUUUUGAACGUGUAUAUAAGGCUGACCCAGAAAAUAAGAAUAAAAAAUUAAAAUGGCAAUAUGAAUUAGAUAGAUGUGUUGUCGAAAUGACUUUUGAGCCGAUCUCAUUAUUAUUAAAAGAUCCACCGAAUGAUGAUAUAGAGAACACUAAUAGAUUUUGUAUUAAUGAAUCGUUGGAUACCACAAUUGGUAUUGACAAUAAUAUAAUCACUCUAGAAGAUCUUGAAGUGGCUAAAAGGGUGCGAAUUGUUAUGUUAUAUUUAUGA